UGACCCUCGCGCAACAUCCUCGCGCUGGCUGUUGCAUCCUCUCGAGGGACCGUCGGCUCUCUUUACAGCCCUCACACAUGAACAUCCCGCUGUCCGUCCGCAAUCCCGCUAACGCCACUCAUUCAUCUGCGCGCUUCGGUGUGUUACGUUGUGUUUGGCAGCACAUAGGCUGAGGGAUACUACAGGACGUGAUGAUGUGACGUAUCCCUUCACAUCAGCUCGCUUUGCAGUGGACGGUGCGUUUUUGCUAACGAAGCAAAGCCUUUCUUCACGUGAGCAGAUACAGCGUUAACCGAGGACAGUGAGGUGGAAUAACAGCCUGCAUUACAAACCUUUGAGAGGAGGCGGGACCGGGUUCUGAGUAUCCAGAAACUGUAGUAGAGUACAGCCGAGUGCCUUCAACCCAUGAUCUGCACAUCAGAAGAAGCAGCAGUCCAAACUCUCUGUGGUCUCGUCUCGUCUCUCCUCUGCUCUCUUCUAAUGGUUUGAUGGAGAUCUGGUCGGAUGACAGCUGGAACUGUUGUCAUAACCGGAGGAAUUCUUGCAACAGUGAUACUUCUUUCUAUCAUUGCAGUGCUUUGUUACUGUAGACUCCAGUAUUAUUGCUGUAAGAGGAAUGAUUCUGAAGGGGAGGCGGGUUCAGUCGGAGAUCCUCAGCCGCAGUUUGCCUGCAACGCAUGCAGCGCACCAGGGGUGGACGGGGUGGCCGGGGUGGCCGUCACACCUCUUUCCCUGCCCUACGACCCCACUACAUCGCACAACUACUGCCCCACCUGUUCGCCCUACUACCCCCGUGGCAUGGAUGAGAUGCGUAACGGCGGCGAACGCUUAUCCUACAUGCCCACUCAUUACGAGAAUCACGGCGCCACCGCCCUCGGUCUGGCCGCCAUGUACGGUCCCAUGCUGAGCCAUCGCAGUACGCCAGACUUUUACACCAACACACGAGCCAUCAGCACUGAUGUCUGACACGGAAGUGGACCCAGGGACAGGUUUCCCACCAUGGACCAGGUAUCAACCGGCCAUCUGUAGAGCACCCGGGGCCGCGUCAUCUCCAUGGAGCCAAAGGGGCAAAAGAUCUAUUGGAUGGCAUUUUAGUCUUACACACAGUUCUGAUCUACACGUAUGAGGUCAAUUUCUAUCGUCCGUUCCAUUCUUUUGUUUUUCCACGGUUUUAGUGGUGUGUCGUCUCCUGCACACAUUGAGGGCUAUUUGUUGUUCGAGGGCUAAGUGUUUGACGUUUUUUAUUUUAAUCUUAAAGGCUGACGGAAGAGCUUUUCAGAUGAAAUAGAACAGCCCGGGUCAUAUGAAGUAUUUCCGUCGCUGUCAUCGAUAAUGACAAAGAAGGCAAGUAUUCCACUGAACCUGUUGACUUUAAAGAUGUAUUUAAUAGCUUUCGAAAAAGCUAGCAUUUUGAGAGUGAAUAUCAUGUUUUGAUCUGAAUAUCCUCCAUUACAGUUUAUGCUUAACCCUUCACACUUGAUUCUGGUUUGUCCUUUAAGUGCUGAAUAUUACCGUAGUCUUUUACUGUUCACAAGAAGUGGAAGUAUUAUGUUGUUGAGUCUCACUUUGUUUUGUUUUUUGGGGUUAUCCCAUGGUGACAUACGUAUUAGGAUCUUUCAAUUCUAUGUGAGGUAUACAUUUAAGUGCUUUUACUGACAUCUCCAGUAUCACAGGAUAUAAUUUACAGUGCAAUCCCAAUAAUAACUUUUUCAAAGAACUUCUUUCAGUCAAUGACAGGAAGAUGAUGAUCAUACUGAAAACAAAAUGUAAUGCCUGUCCGUCCCUGUAUAUGCAAUAUUAUGGCAUAAUUAUAAAACUUAUUUAACUUAUUUGUAUUUGUUCUUGCAGAUGUAUUUAUGCAAUCUGUUUUGUUUUAAUAAUGAAUUGUGACGUCUAUAUCCACACUGUUUGAAGAAGCACUCUUUGUUAGUUUUAAAUCACUGGCACUUCUGUUUUACAUGUGAAUACAUUUUGGCAAACACGAGGAACUGUAUGAGUCUGUGGUUUAAGACAUUGAGAAAUAAAGAGUAGUCCACAUAUUUCACAGAAUGGCUUUGAAUAUAAUUGAAGCAUUUCUAAAUGCCUGUAGACUUUUAUAUAAUCGGUCAAUUGUGAUCAGAAUAAUAAACGCCAUUUCACCUCUAUACAAAUACAUGUAUAUAAAGAUU